AUGUCAGAUAAGAGUGACAUCAACAGCACGUCACCUAGGCGUGUGACUGUACGAGGCGCAGGCAAGCUUCACCGGUGCCCUUCACGAGCAAAGAGCAUCGAUUCAUCGGCUUUUCAAGAUAGCAGCGAAGAACUGUUUCAGCAGGCAGCAAAGAAAGGCGAUCUUAAUACUGUGGAGCGCCUUAUUACUGAUGGAGUAAACAUCAAUGCUCGAGGGCCAACAAAUAAUGGACGAACCGCCCUCCAGACGGCCGCACAUGAGGGACACAAAGAAAUCAUUGAAAUACUUAUUCGGGCGAGGGCAGACGUCAAUGCUCUUCCAGCGAAAAUUAAAGGACGAACCGCACUCCAGGCGGCAGCUGAAGGGGGGUACGAAGAUAUUGUCGAAGUCCUUAUUCGGGCCGGAGCAGAUGUUAACGCUGCCCCUGCCGAAGUUGAAGGACGAACCGCACUCCAGGCGGCAGCUGAAGGGGGGUAUGAAGAUAUUGUCGAAGUCCUUAUUCGGGCUGGAGCAGAUGUUAACGCUGCCCCUGCCGAAGUUGAAGGACGAACCGCACUCCAGUCGGCUGCGGGAAAAGGGCACGAAGUUACUGUUGAACGCCUCAUUCGAAGUGGGGCUGAGGUAAAUGCUUCUCCGUCGGAAAAUGGAGGAGAAACUGCACUCCAGGCAGCCGCCGACCGGUGCGAUCAAACUAUUGUCGACUGUCUCCUUCAGGCGGGAGCAGACGUUAAUGCUCCACCAGCUAAAGUUGAAGGGCGAACCGCCCUCCAAGCAGCCGCUGGACAGGGUGAUCAAGGCCUUGUUAGUCAUCUCAUUGAGGCUGGAGCGCAGAUUAAUGCCCCACCAGCCGAAAUUGGAGGACGAACUGCUCUCCAAGCAGCAGCCGAGCGGGGGCACGAAGCCAUUGUUAGGUAUCUUAUUGAGGCAGGAGCUAAUGUUAAUGCUCCACCAGCUAAUGUUGGAGGGCGAACUGCACUUCAGGCGGCCGCUAAAAGAGGAUACAAAGCUAUCAUUAAGUACCUUAUCCUAGCUUCCGCAAAUAUCAAUGCUCCUCUAGCUAAAGUUGGAGGACGAACCGUACUCCAGGCCGCUACUGAGCAGGGAGAUGAAACUUUAGUUAACAGUCUUAUUCAGGCGGGAGCAGACGCCAACACUCCCCCAGCCGAAGUUGAAGGACGAACCGCACUCCAGGCCGCCGCUGAGCAGGGAGAUCGAGAUAUUGUGAAUUAUCUUAUGAAGGCUGGAGUACAUAUCAAUGCUCCUCCGGCCGAAGUUAGAGGACGAACUGCACUCCAGGCAGCUGCCGAUCGGUGCGAUCAAACUAUUAUCGACUGUCUCCUUCAGGCGGGAGCAGACGUUAAUGCUCCACCAGCUAAAGUUGAAGGGCGAACCGCCCUCCAAGCAGCCGCUAGACAGGGUGAUCAAGGCCUUAUUAGUCAUCUAAUUAAGGCUGGAGCGCAGAUCAAUGCCCCACCAGCCGAAGUUGGAGGUCGCACUACGCUCCAAGCAGCAGCCGAGCGGGGGCACGAAGCCAUUGUUAGGUAUCUUAUUGAGGCGGGAGCAGAUGUCAAUGCCGCGCCAGCCCAGGAUAGUGGACGAACCGCACUGCAAGCAGCCGCAGAUUGGGGUGAUCCGACUCUUAUCGACUACCUUAUUCAGGCAGGAGCAGACGUUAAUUCUUCCCCGGCCGAAGCUGGAGGCCGAACUGCGCUCCAGGCGGCAGCCGAGGAGGGACACGAAGAUAUUGUGGACGUCCUUAUUCGGAGUGGAUCUGAGAUAAAUGCUUCUCCAUCGGAAGAUCGAGGAGAGACUGCUCUCCAGGCGGCCGCCAAAGGAGGGCAUGAGGCUGUUUUUAAAUACCUCAUUCGCGCUGGAGCAGAGGUGAAUGCUCCUGCAUCGGAAGAUGAAGGACAAACUGCGCUUCAAGCAGCUGUUGGAUUAGGCAAUCAAGACCUUGUCAAUCACCUUAUUGAGGCUGGAGCAGAGGUCAAUGCCCCCCAGCCCAAGAUAGGGGGCGAACCGCUCUCCAGGCAGCCGCCGACCGCUGAAGUUGAAGGACGUACUGCUCUCCAGGCAGCCGCCGGGCAGUGUGAUCAAGGCCUUGUUAGUCAUCUCAUUGAGGCUGGAGCGCAGAUCAAUGCCCCACCAGCCGAAAUUAGAGGACGAACUGCGCUCCAAGCAGCAGCCGAGCGGGGGCACGAAGCCAUUGUUAGGUAUCUUAUUGAGGCGGGGGCUGAUGUUAAUGCUCCACCAGCUAAUGUUGGAGGGCGAACUGCACUUCAGGCGGCCGCUAAAAGAGGAUACAAAGCUAUCAUUAAGUACCUUAUCCUAGCUUCCGCAAAUAUCAAUGCUCCUCCAGCUAAAGUUGGAGGACGAACCGCACUCCAGGCAGCAGCCGAAUGGGGACAUAAAGCUAUUAUCGAAUGCCUGAUUCAAGCAGGAGCAAACGUUAAUGCCCCUCCAGCCCAAGAUGGGGGACGAACCGCACUCCAGGCUGCCGCUGAGCAGGGAGAUCGAGAUCUUGUGAAUUAUCUUAUGGAGGCUGGUGCAUAUGUUAACGCUCCUCCGGCCGAAUUUAGAGGACGAACCGCACUCCAGGCAGCGACCGGACAGGGAGAUCGAGUCCUUGUCAGUUAUCUUAUUGAGGCUGGUGCGCAUAUUAAUGCACCCCCGGCUAAAGAUAGAGGACGAACAACACUCCAAGCAGCCGCCGGACAAGGAGAUCGAGGCCUUGUUCGUUAUCUUAUUGAGGCUAGAGCGCAGAUCAAUGCCCCACCAGCCGAAGUUGGAGGUCGUACUGCGCUCCAAGCAGCAGCCGAGCGGGGGCACGAAGCUAUUGUUAGGUAUCUUAUUGAGGCGGGAGCAGAUGUCAAUGCCGCGCCAGCCCAGGAUAGUGGACGAACCGCACUGCAAGCAGCCGCAGAUUGGGGUGAUCCGACUCUUAUCGACUACCUUAUUCAGGCAGGAGCAGACGUCAAUUCUUCCCCGGCCGAAGCUAGAGGCCGAACUGCGCUCCAGGCGGCAGCCGAGGAGGGACACGAAGAUAUUGUUGAAUUCCUUCUUCAGGCUGGGGCAAAGGUCAACGCUUCUCCAGCCAAGUUUGGAGGACGAACCGCACUGCAGGCAGCAGCCGAAUCGGGUAAUCAACCUCUUGUAAACCGGCUCAUUGAAAUUGGGGCAUGCGUCAACGCCCCCAAAGCCGAAGUCGAAGGACGAACCGCGAUUCAAGCAGCUGCGGCAAACGGCCAUACUCAUGUUAUACAUACCCUUCGCAAAGCUGGGGCGGAAACAGAUUUAACAACAAUGGAUUUUCGAGGCGAUGACACACUCAUCAAAGCUGCGACGGAUAAACCCAACUCUGAUCAUCACGUUCGAAGACGGUUGAUUGUUUGUUGUGAUGGCACGUGGAACAGAAACGAUACCGACGGUCCUCUUUCCAACGUCGCUAGAAUUUCACGUUGCAUAGAAGAUUUGGACACACGAAGCGGCGACCAAAUCUUCACCCAAAUCAUUCAUUACCAGUCUGGGAUCGGAACGAGUACGAACUUGUUAUAUGACUUGUGGGAAGGUAUAUUCGCAUCGGAGAUACUCCGAGCCAUACGAGAUGCUUACGGUUUCAUUUGUGAUAACUACUUUGACAAAAAUGAUGAAAUAAUACUUAUUGGGUUUUCUAGGGGGGCUUUUACGGUUCGGGCAGUUGCCUGCUUAAUUCAAAAAAUCGGUAUCCUGCGACGGUACGGCAGAUACUAUCUAAGUGACUAUCUGACUUACUGGGAGAACGAGGUGGCACGUCCUGGUAAAAUGCCCCCUUGGGUAGCAUGGCAGUACAAAAAAGAGAAAGAAUUUUGGGGAAAGAAAGGUCUCGAGGAUGACCUCCGAAAAUUGGAGCGAGACGGCUUAUGCCUGCGACACGUGAAUAUAAAAGUCUGCGCGGUCUGGGAUACUGUUGCGUCUCUCGUGUCGAAGAAUGUUGAUUUGGGCCAGUCGGAGCCUUGCCAAGAUAUCGAAAACACAUUUCAAGCAUUGGCCCUUGACGACCGCAGGCGUCCAUUUAGUCCGAAAAUAUGGAGACGAAGAGUGAAUCCUACACGAACAUUGAAGCAGUGCUGGUUCCGUGGAAUGCAUGGGGAUGUUGGUGGUGGCGCCAACAAGAUCUCAGGACUCUCGGACCUUUCCCUUGCUUGGAUGAUAUCUCAAUUACGCCCCUUUGUUCUUUUCAAUACGACAAAGGUACUGGACCUCGUGAAAGACCCAGAAGCUGUACGUCUUGGGAAAAAUAAGAAGAUCGAGGAUCCCAGCAUAACACGGCGCGCGUUUGAGCUACGCGAUUCAAUACACUGGAUUUACUGGUUAUUAUGGGGCCCUCAGGACAGAAACCCUGGUUGGUAUAUGCCGAAAUCUUUGGAAACCAUACAUUUCUCCGUCCGCGCGUUCUGGGGAGAGGAAAGAUAUCUUGGGCCUCGGAAAGGGAAACUAGGUACAUGCCAGUCAUUAAGUGACUACAGGAUGACGCAAACCCACAAUACGUGGUACUGGGACCACAAAGAAAGGGGCUCCAUACAGGAGGACAAACCAUACAAAGCAGAACACCAAAUCUGGAAGGCUUGGAAACGAUUGUGGCCCUUGAAUUCAGACCACGCAGACAAACGACGCGUGCUUCAAAUCCAUCGCACUCUACGAAAGCUAUGGCGAAGAUGA